GAUGAAAGGAUGCGCAGACGGCACAGUGUCCCAACCCUUUGGCCUGAUACCCAAAGUCACAAACGUCUGGAGCGCGUCAUAGGAGGCCGACCGAGUUACAUCGCGGUUGUGCGGUGUACAGGACGGGGGGGGGGGGGGGGAGGCGACGAGGCGUGCCCGAAUGCUUGAUAUACAUGCAUUUUUGUAAUAAGCGCAAUGCGAAUUUUACACUGAUGUCGCGCUCUGGAGAAUCGACCCCGCUUUUGGAGUCGUCGUGAACUGUGGACACUCGUUUCGCCUUACAGAUGCGCGCCCAUCCAAGCCACACGUAUACUGCAGCAGUUCAAGGACAACUACGCACCCAUAAUCAGGAUGCAAAAGCAGGGAACCCUUCUCGCUCGGGCCCUGGCCCGACCCUGAAGUAGCGCAAGGCUUGACUCGUCCCUAACAGUCAUAUUUAUUUGGCACAAUAUUAUGUGCUUACUACAUGCACAGCCUGAGUGGUAGUGAGCACUCAACUUGCUUUAUAUGAUAAGUAGGAGUUCGUAUGUACGCGCACUACCCAUGUGUCCAAUGCGCUAGAAACCCAUAACGAUUAAAAUCUGCGUGCUGGGCUAGCCGCCGCGAGCCCGGCGGCUUGCGGGGGGAGGAAUGGCCCUGCUAUGCGCAGUUUGUGGCAGGCCCGAUGAUGCCGUUGGGCCUGAUAACAUCAGCCUAGGCCAAUUGAAGCAGUGCUGCUUCCUGACUGAGGACUGUGCCACGAAAUGCCCAAAACAUUUCCACCCAGCCUGCGCCGGGGUCAGCGCCGAGCACGGACUGGUGUUCUGCAAUCAGCAGCGGAAGCAGGGCGGCAUAAGCAAGAAGCACUCCAGCGAGGAGUUUCUUAAGCAGCUCAACGCCGACCCGGCCUGGGCCAACGUGAAGCAGUACAUCUCCAGCGGCUACACGUUCCGGGGGCUGCGCUUCAAGCCCGAGCGCAUCAUAUACGAGAAGCGCUUCGUGCGCACCCGCACCUCGGAAACCAUCGUGGGCACCAAAGGCCAGCGCAACCUUGUGGCCACUAUAAAAGACGGGGGGGAGGAGUGGUGCUUCCGCGGGGUGCUGGGCAACCUGGACAACCAGGGCGAGAUCCUUGACGGCCGCAGGAAUAACCGCGGCCGUCCCCGUGGCGCCAGCACCGCUGGCGGCGAUCGAGAGCGCAGCGGUCACCGCGACUGCAAGCGGCAGCGGACGGACAACGCCGGACCCGGGCAGGAGCGAGGCAGCGACGAUGACGGCAGCAGCGACGAUGACGGCAGCAGCGACGAUGACGGCAGCAGCGACGAUGACGGCAGCAGCGACGAUGACGACGGCAGUGACGCCGACAGCGAUGACGAAGUCAGCGACGACGAGGCAGGCAGCGACGGCGGAGGCAGCAAUGCCGGCGACAGCAGCAGCGACGACAUCGAUAUCAAUGGCAUCGCAGUCGCUGAUUACGAUGAUGCUUUCGAUAACGGCGAGGGUUCAGGUGACGGCCACCAGCAGGCAGCGCAGUCCCCUCCUCAGGUGCCUGCUGACGAGUCGGACUCCGCCGACACCAAGACAGCAGCCGCUGCAGCGGCCGCGGCCGCUGCACUCGGGGCAGCCCAGAAGAAGCUGGGCGAGGUGCGCUCGCGGCUGCGGCUGGAGAGGGAGCGGCGCAAGGCCGCCGACACAAUGGUGGGGCAGCUGGAGGAGGAGGUGGGGAAGCUGAAGAGCACCAACCAGUCCCGCAGCGUGCGCCUGAAGCGACAGGCAGCAGAGGUGCAGAGGCUGCAGGCAGAGCUGGAGGCCGAGCAGCUGGCUGCUAAGGCGGCGGUGGCUGCCGCGCGGCGGCAAGCGGAGCGGGAUGCUGCCGCUGCCGCCACCCGGCACCGCCAAGAGCUGGAAGAGGCGGUGGCGGCGCAACGUCAGAUCCGGCGCUUGGCAGAAACCCACGCGGCGGCAGCAGAGGGCCGGGCUAAGGUGGCAGAGCAGCAGCUUGCGGAGGCGCGUUCGUCGCUGGACAGCAUCCGGCAGCAGCUAGAGCAGAAGGCGGCGACUGCGGUGGACCUGCGCAAGCAGGUGCAGGCGGGGUGGCGAUGUAUGGAAGAUUUGAAGGCGCAGGUGUCUGAGGCGCGUGCAGCGCGGGCUGCAGCUGAGGCCGCGGCGGCAGAUGCAGAUGCCCAGGUCGGCGCAGUGCGUGACGAGCUGGAGCAGCUCGACAAGCGCCACAAGAAGGCGCGGGCAGCCGGCGCUGCCGCGGCUGCUGAGCAUCAGGCGGCGCUGGAGGCGGCGCAGCAGCAGCUGGCCGACCUGCAGCAGCAGCUGGAGGGCGCUCGCGAGGAGGCGGCGGCUGCUUCGGCUGCUGCUGCCGAGGCAUCUCAGGCGGCUGACGGGGCGGCUGCAUCGGAGCUGGCGGAGGCUAAGCGGGCAGCUGAGGCAGCAGCAAAGGAGUCACGGAUGUUGAAGCGGGAGCUUGCUGCGACACGCCGCGCUAUGGAGGUAGACAAGGAAGCAGCUGCAACACAGGCCGAAGCGCUGCGCGCUCAGCUGGCUGGCCUGCAGCGGCAGCAGGGCAAAGCAGCCGCGGCCGCGGCCAAAGCAUUGCAGGAGCGACAGGCCGAGGUAGAGGCAGUGCAGCAGCAGCUGGAGUCAGCGCGUGCGGAGGCGGCUGAUGCUGCGACGGCGGCUGAGGCCGCUGCCGCGACCGCUGCCGGCGAGCUGGCAGCGGCCCGCAAAUCUGCCAAGACUGAGGCGGCCAAGUUCAAGCAGGAGCUGGCGUGGUUACACGAGGCCUCUACCGCCGCUGCAGCGUCGGUCAAGGCUGCCCAGUCCCAGGCGGCAAAGAAGGAGGUGGAGGUAGAUGCGCUGCGCGCUCAGCUGGCCGCCCUGCAAGCGGAGCUGCAGCAGCAGCAGGGCAAGGCAGCCGCGGCCGCGGCCAAAGCAUUGGAGCAGCAGAAGGCGGAGCUGGAAUCAGCACAGCAGCAGCUGGAGUCAGCGCGUGCGGAGGCGGCUGAUGCUGCGACGGCAGCUAAGGCCGCUGCCGCGACCGCUGCUGGCGAGCUGGCAGCGGCCCGCAAAUCUGCCAAGGCUGAGGCGGCAAAGAAGGAGGCGGAGGAAGAUGCGCUGCGCGCUCAGCUGGCUGCCUUGCAAGCGGAGCUGCAGCAGCAGCAGGGCAAGGCGGCCGCGGCUGCGGCCAAAGCAUUGGAGCAGCAGAAGGCGGAGCUGGAGUCAGCACAGCAGCAGCUGGAGUCAGCGCGUGCGGAGGCGGCUGCCGCUGCGACGGCGGCUAAGGCCGCUGCCGCGACCGCUGCUGGCGAGCUGGCAGCGGCCCGCAAAUCUGCCAAGGCUGAGGCGGCAAAGAAGGAGGCGGAGGAAGAUGCGCUGCGCGCUCAGCUGGCUGCCCUGCAAGAGGAGCUGCAGCAGCAGCAGGGCAAGGCGGCCGCGGCCGCGACCAAAGCGGCGGAGCUGGAGUCAGCACAGCAGCAGCUGGAGUCAGCGCGUGCGGAGGCGGCUGCCGCUGCGACGGCGGCUAAGGCCGCUGCCGCGACCGCUGCUGGCGAGCUGGCAGCGGCCCGCAAAUCUGCCAAGGCUGAGGCGGCAAAGAAGGAGGCGGAGGAAGAUGCGCUGCGCGCUCAGCUGGCUGCCUUGCAAGCGGAGCUGCAGCAGCAGCAGGGCAAGGCGGCCGCGGCUGCGGCCAAAGCAUUGGAGCAGCAGAAGGCGGAGCUGGAGUCAGCACAGCAGCAGCUGGAGUCAGCGCGUGCGCAGGCGGCUGCCGCUGCGACGGCGGCCAAGGCCGCUGCCGCGACCACGGAGGAGGUGAAGCGGCAGCUGGCGGACGAACGUGCGGGUGCAGCUGCAGCCGAGCAGCAGCGCUCCGAGCUGGCAGCCGCCGCUGACGCCCUUACCGCGCAGGUGGCACAGCUGCAACGGGAGGCGCAGCAGCAGCAGGAGGAGGCUGCGGCGGCUGCAGCUGCAGCGGCCGCAGCGGCUGGGGAGGCCGAAGGGUUGCUUGCUGAGCUGCGGGUGCAACUGCAGGCUGCAGGGUCCGAGCACGCGGCUGCCCGUGUGCAUGAGCUAGAGGCGCAGGUGCAGACCGGGAGGGCGCAGCUGCGUCGGGACAGGCAGGCUGCAGUCGCGCAGGUGCAGGAGUUGCAGCAGCGGCUGGACAGGGCGGAAGCGCGGCUGCAACAAGAACUGGCACAGGCGCGGGAGGCGGCGGUGCAGCAGCAGGCAGCGGCUGCAUCUGUCGCGGCGCAGCAGGAGGAGGCGGCAGCAGCUGCUAACGCGGCGCACCGGGAGUCUGAGACAGCAGCGGCGCACUCGGCGGAGGUCGCUCAGCUGCAGCAGCAGCUCGACGGCCUACGGGCUGAGCUUGCCGCCACGCAAAUUCGAGAGGCGCAGCAGCAAGCAGCUGCAGAUGCCACAGUGCAGCAGCUCGCCCAGGCGCGCGCUGCCGCCGCGGCGGCCCAAGCCGAGGUCGAGUCGCUGCGCGCGGACCUGGCAUCGGCAAAACGCGCUACUGAGGCGGCGAUCCGGAUGGGGCAGGCUGGGGGCACAGAGCUCCGGCAAAAGAUCCAGGCUACUGCCGCCGCCGGUCAGGAGCAGUGCGCACAGGUGGACGCCGUACGUGCUCAAUUGGCUGCCAGUCAGGAGAGCGCUUCGGGAGCGAUGGCAACCUCAGCGGCCGCUAGGGCUGCCGCUCAGGCGGCUAAGGAGUUGGCAGACGCGGCAACAGCUGCAACGGCUGCACACGCCGCGCGCGUGGCGGUGUUGGAGGAGCAGGCAGCAGCGCGCUCGGCGGAAGUUGCUUUACUGCAGCAGCAGCUCGACGGUGUGCGGACUGAGCUUGCCGCUGCGGCAGCGGCCACGACGAGGCAGGUACUGGAGGCGCAGUCUGGUGCGGCGGACCUUCGGCAGCAGCUGCAGGAGGCGCAGGCAACCAUUGCGUCGCGCUCUGCGGCGAUAGCACAGCUGCAGACGGCGCUGCAGCAAGCUCGGUCGGAGCUCACGUCCAAUUCCACAAUAAUAAAGAUCGUGCAGGCGCAAACCACCGAGCUUCAUCGGCGGGUGGUGGCAGCGCAGGCCGAGGCACGGCGCACUGCGGGGGUGGAGCAGGAGCUGCGGCGACAGCUAGCAAGCCAGGCUCAGGAGGCCGCAGCAAGCCGCACCGAGCUCGAGCAGCGGCUUGCAGCAGAGAACGCGUCGGUGCGGGAGAACUGCGAGGCAGAGCUGAGGGCUGUUUUUCACGCCGUGGCGGCUGCGGAUAGGAAUGCGGCCACGGCGAGCGAGCAACUGUUGCAGUCGACAAGGGCUCGGGUGGCGGAGCUUGAGGCCGAGGUGCGGCAGCUGCAGUCGCAGCUGCAGUCCAACGCCCUCAAGCUGAUGCGGACGCUGUGCCCCCAGCUGCAGGCAGCGGGGCUCAUGCAGCCGGCCGCAGGGGCGGAGCUGGAAGCAGCCGCGGGGGCCGCGGCGUUGCCAGCAGCCGCGCCGCCUGUGAUCGGCCUGCUAGAGGGCCCCCCCGGCCUGCCAGUCACUGCUGCUCCUGCCGGCGCCGGCGCAGCCGGGGCACCGCUGGCGGUGCAGCUGGCGGCGGUGGCGCCGCCGCUGCAGAGUCACCACCAUGCUGGCGGCACACACCAGUGCCGGAGCUGGGGGAUGCCGGAGCAGGCUGCUGUGGUGCAAGCUGCCGCAGCUGCGGCGGCGACGGCGGCCAGGGGCGUGCCCGCAGCGGGGCAGCAUGAGCUGGAGGAGCAGGUGAGGCGCGCAACUCAAAGGCUCCAUGCGCAACUCAUGGCCCAUGGCGGCGGCCUGCAGCAACAGCAACAACAGCAGCUGCUGCAACAACAGCCGCAGCAGCAACAACAACAGCAGCAACAGCAGGCAUGGCGAGCUCUGCUGGGGCGCCAGCAGCAGCAGCAGCAGCAGCAGCAGCACCUUCGGCAACCCUGGCACCUGCAGUAGCGGCGGCUGCAGCAGUAACAGUGGCUGCAGCAAGCGGCGGCUGCAGCAGCGGCUGCAGCAGCAGCAGCAGCAUCCCAACCAGUUGUGACCCCCGCUGAGUGUAUGUCAGCAGGCAGUGGCAGUGCCCUACACCUGCGCCACCCAACGCAGCAGGCUGCUGCUGAGUGUGUGGCCUCCGUACCUGUCAGCAGGCACGUGUCCAUGAUGUGCCGGUCCGGGUCAAGCAGCACGACCUGACAACGUUAACAGAGCUGAGGGAAAAGCAAACGGCAGCGGCAUCAUAUUCAUAGCAUGUGGAUGUAGCAAGCAGCUACUGGAGCUACUAGGACUGCAGUGUAACUCGAACCUGGCCUGCAGGGGAUUAUUGCCUGUAUCGAUAUGCCUGAUUGAGUGCAGCAGCAACAUCGUGCCGGCAUUAUUUGAGGAGGGGUGUGAGAAGCAGGAAUUGUUGCAAAAAUGUCGAGGGUCCCGAAACUCCCAUGCAGAUGGUGCGUGCCCCCGGACUCAAAGGAGUUAGUGGGGCCACAUGGACUCGAACCCAUGUAAAUGCUCAUGCUCAUGCUCAUGUAGUGGUGCUAGCUUCGGGAGCGAGCUUUGAGUUGGAUUUGGACUAGAUGUUGUGUCGGAAGGUCCAGAACAAAUAGCGGCUGACAGAAUUUUACCGGUAGAUUAGAUGUGUGUCCUUGUGAUAUGGCGGGGCGCGCGCACUCACAUGCUCAUAGCACAACAGGGCAUCGGCACAGGACAUUUGUCUGGGGCUUCUUUGACGCAGCGAGUCAGGCAGUGCGCCACAGAUAAGCGCUCGGAUUCCAGUUGAGCAAAGCGCACUGAUGAUAUGCCAGUCGCGGUACGGGGUGUGGUGCCGUACAGCAACUGGACGAUGGCGCUCAUUAUUCGUUUGUUGUAUUCAUGGUAAACAAACUGACCGUUAGGGAAGCGCGAGACUGGAACUAAGGGAGCGCGUCAGGGGCGAGGGGCAAGCCGCGAGGCUUGCCGGCUGGUGCACUUGGACUGAGUAAAGCGCGAGACUGGAGCGACACUGGUACACUUGGACUCAGUAAAGCGCGAGACUGGAGCGACACUGGUACACUUGGACUCAGUAAAGCGCGAGUUACGGUACCCAUGGCCGUACAGGCAGCUUUGGAUAUCCCCUCUCUUGUGAUUGAGCAGGGCUCGUAUCUUGAUCUUUCUGAAAGAGCACGGCCCCCAAUCCGACCCACUGAAAGACACCGGGCGCUUGUGCUUACCCUACCCAGCUGUACUUGGCUGGUACCUGCCCAAUGCAUGCCGCUUGUGACGGAGGGGAGGGAGAUAUUACCGCUUUGAGUCAUUAAAGGAUGCUGUUGUCUGUGACGUGCAUACAGCGCCAUCUGCCGGCGGCUAUACCUACGGUACCCAUGCACAAGCGGCGGCCGCGGGACCUCGCCCUCCCUACCUACGGGACCUCGCCAACCUGCCUUGCACCCUGUCCCAUCACACACCCAUGCACAAGCGGCGGCCGCGGUGGGCGUGAGCGAGCCUGGUGCGGUCAUCUGUGAUGGGACAGGGUGAAGGCAGGUUGGUGAAUUUCCUUAAGGUGCAGCUGGUGGGGGAAGGGCUGUUGGCAGCAGCGGACUCAGGCAGAGAGUGCAGCAGGCGUGCGAUGGGACAGUGUGAAGGCUAGUUGGUGAAAUCCCGCAGAGUGCAGGGUGAUUCCGGGAUGAGGUGUGUGGGCAGUCGUAGGUCGGCGGCCAGGGCGGGGAAGAUUCCCAGACCCCAGCAGAUGGCAAGCAGUUUGCAACGGCAGGUUGCUGCGGCAGUGGUGUGCUGGCCUGUGUUAUUAAGGCCCUGGCGAAGUAUGGGCGGCCACGUCAGGUUGCCAACGUCCCCAGCCCACGUUUGGCCGGGUAGGGGCACGAACCGUAGGGUAGUUUUGGGUAGAAGGUGCGGUUACAUCGGCCCUCUAAAAUGUAACGAAGCAAAGCU